UCUACUUUGUAGGGUUCUUCUCUGUCUUUGUCUCUCUCCUCUCUUUGUCUCUCUUUCCUUCUGUUUUCUCUCUGAUCCAAAUCCACCCCUCUUUUUUUUUUGGUUUGUUGUGCUCAAUUCUCAGCACAGAUCUUCUUCUCCCCCUUUUUAUUCGUUUCACCGUUCUAGCUGAAACACUAUGAGAAAACCAAAAAACAAGGGGUUCAAGUUUCAACCUUUUUCACAUUGGGUUCUCAUUUCUCUCUAAAUCUUCGAUCUUUUGCGUUUUUCUCUUUCUGGGUUUUCUUCUGCGUUCGUUUUAUGGUGGAUAUGGAUGGGUUUGGAGCUGGGGGUGAUGUUGGGGGAGCUUCCAACACACAGAAUCUUAGGCAGUUGGGGAAUGUUCCCUCAGAGGGUGCAGUUUUUGACGCAUCACAAUAUGCAUUUUUCGGCAAAGAUGUAGUCCAGGAAGUAGAGUUGGGAGGUUUAGAAGACGACGACCAUUUGCCUCCUGUUGAGUCUAAUGAGGAGGAGUUUUUUCUCAAUAGAGAAGAGGCUGAGGAUGUAAGAUCUCUUUCUGAUAUUGAUGAUCUUACGACCACUUUUUUGAAGUUGAACAAGUCCGUGAGUGGACCAAGAAGUGCAGGUGUUAUAGGUGAACGGGGAUCAAGAGAAAAUUCUACUUCUGAAUGGCCACAAAGGGAUGAUAGUCUGAAUUGGUUUGAUCAGAAUGCUUAUGACAGUGAAGGUUCAACGGAUGGCAAAAGAUGGUCAUCACAGCCCCAUUCUUCUCUUGCCCAUUUACAUGAUUCAAAGCCCUUGUACAGAACAUCUUCAUAUCCUGAGCAGCAAAGGCUGGAGCACCACUACCACCUCCAACAUUGCUCUAGCGAACCAGUUCCUAACUGGCUUGAUCAGCAUUUUUAUGAAACUGAAACUGCUAAUGAUGGCAAACGAUGGUCAUCACAGCCACAUUCCUCUAUUCCGCAUUUACAAGAACCAAAGCCCUUGUACAGAACAUCUUCAUAUCCUGAACAACAACAGGAGCUUCCUCGUUUUUCUAGUGAACCAAUUUUGGCACCGAAGUCUUCAUUUACUUCUUAUCCUCCUCCUGGUGGUCGAUCUCAGCAGGCUUCUCCAAGUCAUAGUACAGACCACUUAAACAUUCCUUAUCAUACUGGAGCAGCUCAGAUGGCACUAUCAUCUCAAAGUCGUUCUCAUUUCUCUAAUUCUGCAUUACAGUUGAGUGGAUUAAAUGUUGGGUCACAUUUUGGGGGAAACACGCGCCAAUUUCAUAUUGGUUCCCCUCUUAAUCAGAGAAUACAUAAUCAAUUGGUAAACCAAGGACGGUUGUAUCCUGGGGAUCAUUCAAAUAUCCUUAAUAAUAUGUUGCAGCAACAGUUACACCUUCAUAAUGGAUCAGUACCUCCCCACCUGAUGACUCAAUUGCAACAACAGCAUCGUAGACUGCAUCAUCCUGUUCAGCGGUCUGCAGGCUACUUAUCAGGUUUCCAGUCCCAUUUAUUCAGUCCCCCCCUUUCCUCUGGCUCAUCCAUAAUUAACAAGUAUGACCACAUGCUUGGUCUGCCUGAUGUUAGAGAUCAUAGACCAAAAUCAAAUCAGAAAGGUAAACACAGUCUUCGUUUUUCCCAACAGGGUUCUGAUGCCAAUAGCCAGAAGAGUGAGAGUGGUUCAUUUCAGUUUCGGUCCAAGUAUAUGACAAGUGAUGAAAUUGAAAGCAUUCUUAGAAUGCAACUUGCUGUUACUCAUAGUAAUGAUCCAUAUGUGGAUGAUUAUUACCACCAAGCUUGUCUUGCAAAAAAACCUUCUGUAGCUAAGUUAAAACAUCCAUUCUGUCCAACCCAAAUAAGGGAACUUCCUUCGCGAACCCGUACUAAUAACGAGCCACAUGCAUUUCUUCAGGUUGAUGCCUUAGGGAGGGUUUCGUUUUCGUCUAUUCGUCGUCCCCGCCCUCUUCUUGAGGUUGAUUCUCCAAACUCUUCUGUUAGCUCUGAGCAAAAGAUUUCAGAGAAGCCCCUUGAACAGGAACCUACUUUUGCUGCCAGAGUCGCAAUUGAGGAUGGUCUUUGUCUUCUUCUUGAUGUAGAUGAUAUUGACCGGUACCUACAGAUUAAUCAGCCACAAGAUGGUGGAACCCAAUUAAGACGAAGAAGGCAGGUCUUGUUGGAAGGACUGGCUACUUCACUUCAACUUGUUGACCCACUGGGAAAAAAUGGACAUAAAGUUGGGCUUGCUGCUAAAGAUGACCUUGUUUUCUUACGAUUGGUAUCUCUUCCCAAGGGUCGUAAGCUCCUUACAAAGUAUCUUCUGUUGCUCCUUCCUGGUAGUGAGCUUAUGCGGAUAGUUUGCAUGACCAUCUUUCGUCAUUUAAGAUUCUUAUUUGGUGGUCUUCCCUCUGAUCCGGCAGCUUCAGAGACUACAAAUAACCUGGCCAAGGUUGUUUGCCAAUGUGUCCGAGGAAUGGAUCUUGGUGCUCUCAGUGCCUGUCUUGCAGCAGUUGUUUGUUCUGCGGAGCAGCCUCCUCUACGGCCCCUUGGAAGCACUGCUGGAGAUGGUGCUUCCCUUAUUUUAGUAUCUGUUCUUGAGAGGGCUACUGAACUCCUAACCGAUCCACAUGCUGCUUGCAACUACAAUAUAGGUAACCGUUCAUUUUGGCAGGCCUCAUUUGAUGAAUUCUUUGGCCUUCUCACCAAGUAUUGCAUGAAUAAAUACCAUAGUAUCAUGCAAUCCAUGCUUGUUCAAAGUACACCGAGCGUGGAUGACAUUGGGCCAGAUGCUGCCAAAGCUAUUAGCGGGGAAAUGCCUGUUGAACUUUUGCGUGCUAGUCUCCCUCACACCGACGAACGCCAGAGGAAGCUAUUACUGGAUUUUGCUCAGCGCUCUGUUCCUGUGGUUGGAUUGGACAGUACUGCUGGGGGCAAUGGUGGCCAUGUGAACUCAGAAACAGUGCUAAGUUGAUAGACAACUACUACAGAAGUUCACCUGCUGAUAAUGGUUUUCAGGUUGAAUAUCACUCCAAUAUCUUAAGGACAACCUUGUAUCUGUUCAAAUACAUCUGGAGCAAUCUUAAACGUGGAAAGUGCGAGUUGCAUCUAUGAUGGAGGCUUCUGCCUCAUCCUUAAUUGUCUACUUGUCAUGAUGCACAGAACAAUGUGCAGCUUUAUGAUAAAUUUGCAAUCAGGCCCCUUGUGAUGGACUCAACUUGAUCUCUUGUCUUUUCUUUUUCUCUUGACAAGGGAGCUUAUUUUGUUACCGUGUGUGGGCUGGUAGGAAGAACCCCAGUAGUGGUUAGCAUGUACAGGUUUAGGUACAUAUUUGGUUCUCAUGUUUCCUUAUUAUAUAUAGAAGGGGUGGGGGUGGGUUGUACUCCCAUCUUAUCUGUGAUACCAUUAUACUGAAAAAUGGUAUGUGCCAUUGAGGUUGUGCAAAUUUGGCUGAGAAACAGGUUGAAAAAUGGUAUCAUUGGGGAUGUGCACAUUGUUGCUGUGAUAGAACCAAGUCACUGAAAAAAUGUUAUGUGCCAUUGGGGGUUGUGCAAAUUUGGCUGAGAAACAAGUUGACCGGUUGGCAUGCUGGAAUUCAAAGGAACAAUGUAGUGAAGAAUAAGUUAUAUUGAAUUUGCUGCAUAAUUUUAUCUUGAGUUGUCAAUUUGUAGAUAUGUGUUAUAAUGUAUUCCCCAACUUGAGAAUAUUUAGUUUUUUAAUUUACUGUUUCACUUUGACUUUGGCAUUAUUUUCUUUGGAAAUUUGCUUAGGUUCUUUGCCCACUUGCUUCUUUUUUCCUAUCUGGCAAUAUAUGGGUAAAAAUAGUGAAAUUAACAGGUCAAUAUUUUGGUUGGAUGCUAGAAAAAUGUGUGCCGAUUCCACCUAUGUGGAUUUGCACAGAUGAUUUAUGCUGCAUGGUACAUAAUUAUCUUGAGAAUGGAGGUUCUAUUCGAGUUUUUCUCUUUUAUUUUAUUGCGUGUAUUAUCCUUGCACUGGAUAAAUGUGCGUUUAUAUUCAUUGGCAAGUGUUAAUCAGUGUUCUUAAGGAAUUAAUAGUAAAAAGUUUUUAUUAGAAAAUAUAACAAUUCUUUUGUGAUUUUUCAUGCUAUUUAACGUAUUUUUUAAGACAAAUUUUUACUUUUAAUUUUUUAAUCAAUGUUUAAAGACCUAUAUUUAUAUUAUUAAAUUCAUGAUAUGUAAUAGAUAUGAUUAAGUUAAGGUUUGUCAAGUUUUUUUCUGUUUUUUUGUUAUUAAACGAGGCU